CCAUCACCAACCGCCACAAUGCCCACCCCCAAAACCUAUCUCAUCACCGGCUCCAGCCGAGGCAUCGGCCGCGCCCUCGUCACGACCUUUUUCUCCCGCCCCAACAACACCAUCAUCGCGGCAGUCCGCAACCCUCAGAGCCCUGAAGCCCUCACCCUCACCAACCUCCCCGUCGGCCCCAACUCCCACCUCAUCAUCAUCAAAAUCGACUCCACGGUCCCCACUGACGCCUCCACCGCAGUCACCACCCUCCAGCAAGCCCACGGUAUCACCCACCUCGACAUCGUGAUCGCCAACGCCGGCAUCUGCGACGACCUCUCCCCCGUGCACACCGUGCCCAUCGACAUCUUCCGCGAACACAUCGAAGUCAACGGCUUCGGACCGUUGUAUCUCUUCCAGGCUGUGUAUCCUCUCCUUCAGAAGAGUGAGAAUCCCACGUUUGUGGGGCUGGGUAGUCCGUUGGGGAGUAUCGGGGGCAUGGAACAACGCCCGUAUCCGUGUACGGCUUAUGGUCCCAGUAAGGCAAUUUUGCAUUGGCUGGUCCGUAAGGUGCAUUUUGAGAAUGAGGGGUGGGUGAGCUUUGUGGUUGAUCCGGGAUUCCCGGCCACGGAUAUGGGGAAUGCCGGGGCGCGUAGGGCGGGUUUGGAAAAGGCGUUUCAGACGGUGGAGGAGAGUGUUGGGGGGAUUGUCAAUUUGGUGGAUGGGGCGACGAGGGAGGAGGUCGGUGGCCAGUUGAGAAUUUGGGAUGGGUCGGUGUUUCCUUGGUGA